AUGGCUGUCGCGGGAAACGCGCGGGUUUUUGUUUUCAUUCUCUGAGAAGAUACAACAUCGAGCGUGAAUUAAUAAAAAUCGACACUGACAGGAGAAAAUGCAUUAAAAUCAUCGACAAUAAAAUGCAGUUCCAUUCCGAGGGUGGAUUCGAGCUGUUGUCGAGGUUUCGGGAGAAACGUCGCUCGGUUAACCUCGACGGGACUCUAUUCCCGGGCGACAUCGGCAACCAGAGCGUCGUCGAGAUCGCCGGAGCCUCGUCCACGGGGAAGACCUUGCUGCUGUGUCAAUUUAUAGCCAAGUGCAUUUUGCCAACGAGGUAUAAAGGGAUCAAGAUCGACGGUUGCGACUCCUGCGCAAUCCUGAUCGACACGUUCGGUCAGGUCCAGAUGAGCAAACUGGUGGAAUUGAUGACUGUCAUGACACAAACCGCGUGUCAGAUCGCUGGGACGCAGCUCCCGGUCGAGACGGUGGAUCUGGUUGUGAGUAAGUCGCUGGAGAACCUGACAGUAAUCAGUUGUUGCAACAACGAUCAGCUGCAGCUGUCACUUCACACUCUGGAAGAUGAGCUUCUCAGCAACGAGAGGAUUUCUCUGCUGGCUAUAGAUAAUAUUCUGGCGUAUUAUUGGCAGACGAGGCGGGAGAGAGGUAUAUUAAGUAUGGAUCAGUAUGUGAGGAGCUUGGUGAGACUAGUUCGAGCUAGGGUAUCUAGGCUUUGCAAUGUGACAGCUUACACAAGAUGGGACGACUCGGUGUCUGAGGACGAAGAGUCCAUAACUAAGCCAAGUAACUCCAGAUGCAACAGUCUAUUAGAGGGAACGGGUGUGAAUUACAGGCUGAAACUUUGUAAGAGUUCUGUAAGCCGUGAGUUUAUAUGUCGUAUACAAUCUGCAGAUGAUGUAAAACAGAUUCGUUAUACAAUCUCUGAUUCUGGUGUAAAGUGGAUUCUUUGAUAUAUCAGAGGUGAGAUAAUUUUCGAUCAGUAAUCGAUCGAUGAGAGGAGAAAUUUGUCCACUAUAUCUAAUGGAUUUAACAAUCUUGAACCUGCUAUGGUUGUUUGACAAUUUGGAUUGAAUAAUGAUAUAAUUUCUUUAGCUUCUUUCACUUCCUCUGGUGUUACACCCCCAAUAAUGUAAAUGAUAACCCAAUCAUUGUCGCAUGGAUGGUGUUUCACUCUUCCUUUGGAAAAUAAACUAUAAAUAUAUAUAUUUUUUUAUCAAAUUAUUUCUCAAAAUUUU